AUGGGGCCCGUACAGGACCCUUCUCUCUUCUUCUUUUCCUUUUCUUCUUUCUUUUCCUCCCUCGUCCUUCUCGUGUCUCUAUCUACCGUCGUCCUCGCGCAAGACUCCUCCGGCUGGUCUGUGGUGCCGUCCAACAACUCCCGCGAUCUCUCAUGGGUCGGAAAAGCGAAGUUCCACCUAGAAAGCGCCCAGAUCCAGUUGCCGUUGGGCGUCAGCAUCGCACCGCUAACCACUGCCUUGGUCAAUCUCGAUCACAGUGAACUGACGAAUUUCGAUGUUGCGGGGAACCUCGUGAACGUCGACGCUACCAACACCAUCUCGCUGAACAGUAGUGAUAUCGCCCUGAUCAGCUGCGACCAAUCUGCAUAUCCCGGAAAUUUGGAUGCCAGUGAGACCGUCCACGCCGUCAUUACAUCGCCGCAGCCUGCAUUGGCUGUCCUUCUGUACAGUUCCGAGGUGCAUCACUGUAAUUACACUGCCGGUCCACACUCCAACGGGUACAUCAACGUCUUUACCCUCGUCAAUCAGGCUUUCGCGAAGGCUGUGCUCAAACUCUCUCAUUCGUCGGCCGGGAACGGGACGACGAGCAUUAAGCCCAACAUGUCGUUCACCAUGUCAGGGACGCCGUCCACCACCGCCGGCGAUUCCGGUGGGGCCACGGACAGCCCCAAUACUGCGAUGAUCAUUCUGUAUAGUAUUACGGGUAUUAUCACGGCGCUAUUCCUAGCCAUCAUCAUCACCGGCGCGGUCCGGGCCCACCGUCAUCCGGAACGAUACGGACCGCGAUACACAGCCGGGCGACCACGACAAAGUCGGGCGAAGGGCAUAGCCAGGGCGAUGCUAGAUACCAUUCCGAUCGUGAAAUUCGGCGAUCAGCACGACCCGAAACUGGACGCCGUCAAGGGGGAUGUGGAGAUGGGGUCAGAAGAUGAGACGGGUCGUCAGCCGGACACCCAGGAAACAACAACGGUCCACGAAACGAAUCCCCAAGCGACUCCGGCUCUGGCGGCGGCUCAAACGACGACCGAGCCUAAUUCAGAACCGCAAGCCAAGACUCCCGCAGAUGCCACCGAUCACCCGAACUUCUCUUGUCCCAUCUGUACCGAUGACUUCGUCAAGGGCCAGGAUCUCCGUGUCCUACCCUGCAACCACCAAUUCCACCCAGAGUGUAUUGACCCCUGGCUAGUAAAUGUAUCGGGCACAUGUCCUCUUUGCCGCAUCGACCUCAACCCAACCCAAGCCGAAGGCGAAUCAGAGCACCCAGAAGGCGAAGAGCACCUAGAAACCCAACCAGAAAACCCAAGUGAACAAACAACCGAAGAAUCGCACCACCGCCACCAACACCGCCGCCUAUCAAGCUACCUGCACGGCACGCUCAACGCGCGGCGCAUGCGCGACGCAACCGUCGAAGAACGCCUCGCGGCUCUGCGCAGUGUCCGCGAAGAAAACCGAAAUAAUGCCGCAAACGAAAACGCGGAAGAACGCCAACGCCACCGCAGUCGACUUACCUCCCGUCUUCGCGACCGCUUCCGCAUCCGCACCCGCCGACACGGCGAUGAUCCCGAUCGAGAUCAUCGAGAGGCCGCGUCGUCCGCGUCGUCUACAUAGCACAUAUGCGUACAUACAUGCACCUUGAAUUUUAUGUUUAUAUUACGAGAUGGUCUGGUUUGGCUUGGCUUGGGCUCUUGUACAGUUUCCCUUUUUUUUUUUGGCAUGUUUGCUAUGUUGCCCUUUUUUCACCUUUUUUUUUCUUCUUCAUACCAUUCUUACAUUCCUUCACGUCCAUUAUGAAUCACGAUACGAACCGGCACGAGGCGAUAAAGGCGUUAGGGGCAAUUUCAAAAGGCAAGAAAAGGACCCAUUGUACAGAGUACAGAGAGUGUGCAAGUGGCAAACUGUAUAUCUCCCAUCUACUUCGUAUAUAAAGCUAUACAAAAAAAAAAGAGAGAAUACAAGUACAAAUUUCAGAAAAUAAGAACAAAUCCACCCACAGCCGUAAUCACCCAACAAAAUCAAGGCGAAAACAAGGCUCAUCCCAGCCGUGUCUUAGUACUACUACCGUGUCUAACCUAGUGGGAGAAAAAAUGAGAAAAGAAAAAAGACUAGUCAGGUUCCGGAAUCCGUCCGGCGUUUCGCGUACAUUGCCCGUUUCGGAACUCCCCGUGGGGUUUAACUGCGGGUUUGGGUAGGUGUUUAGGUACAUAAUUUUUUAAUUUUUUGUUCUGAGGCAUGUAUUCCGUACA